AUUAUUUACUGUAUUCAUUCAGUCAUUGAAGUAAUAUUUAUUUAAUUGUUAUUUUAUAAAAAUUCUACUUCUUUAUUUCUAAACUUUAUUGCAUAUGCACUGGUGCGUAAUUUAUAGCUUUUGAAUCAAAUCGAAAUGAAGUUAAAUUAUUUCAUCAAAUUUUAAACACCUUUAUUUUCGUUCUAUUUACAUAGGUACCUUUAUUACAAAAUAGCAUUGAACAUAAGUUGUUAGAGUAAAUAAAAUGGGUGCAUUGACUAGUAGACAGCAUGCUGGUGUCGAGGAGGCAGAUGUAGUUUCAAAUCACGCCUACAAAUACCCACCUCGGUCGGGUAACUACUUUGGCAGUCAUUUUAUAAUGGGUGGUGAAAGAUUUGACACUCCACAGCCUGAGGCUUAUUUAUUUGGAGAGAAUGCUGACCUCAACUUUCUUGGCAGUAGGCCUACACCUUUUCCCUAUCCACCACCUCAAUCUAAUGAACCAACUAAGACCCUUAAAAGUCUUGUCAACAUUCGUAAAGAGUCCCUACGAUUUGUACGGUGUCCGGAACCGGUUGGUAAGCUGGCCGAUAACAAAAUAAGUGAUGGAAUGAAGGCUGGCGAUUGUAAUGGAAAGGGGACAUAUUACAAUAUUGAAUUCACAUUUGACUGUGAUGCAAGAUGUGCCAUAACCGUUUUCUAUUUCUGCACUGAGGAAGUUACUCCAUCGGGUGUAGUGUAUUACUCCCGUGACUCUGCAAUGACUUCCCAGACAUAUCAUUACAAGAAAGGUGCCAAUCAGCAGUUCUGUCAGAUCUCACACGUUUUUGACCCCUCCAAGUAUUCUGAGGAGGACUUGCUUUACAAUCCUGAUAGAGAGAUCAUACCCAUUGCUAUUUAUUGUGUUGUGGAUGAGGGACAAGAAGAAAUACGGCAAUCACACACAACUAUAGCGGUUGUAGAAAAGCACUCAGAUGGUACAUACGUAUUGAAGGCACUCAAACAAAAGCUAUUUGUAGAUGGAUUGUGUUACCUACUGCAGGAAAUAUACGGCAUUGAGAACAAGAACUUGGACACAAAGCCGAGCUCGGACGAGGAGACUGAGGACGGCGGGUCGGAGUGCGUGAUCUGCAUGUGCGACGUGCGCGACACGCUGAUCCUGCCGUGCCGGCACCUGUGCCUGUGCAACUCGUGCGCGGACUCGCUGCGCUACCAGGCCAACAACUGCCCCAUCUGCCGCGCGCCCUUCCGCGCGCUGCUGCAGAUACGCGCGCUGCAGAAGGCGGCCGAGACCACGACGGCGGCCGCGCCCGCCACGCCCGCCGACCACGUGCCGGCCGGCUACGAGCCCGUGUCGCUGCUCGAGGCGCUCAACGGGCCGCACCCCGCGCGCCCCCUCCCGCCCCCGCCGCGCCUCGCGCCCGCCAUAGCCAGCCCCGACACAGACACCGCCUCGCAGGCUGCAGAAAUUUUAAAUCGGUGUAACCUGGAGCGCAGCUCAUCUACAAGCCUGGGGAGCAGCGGCAGUAGGAAGGCCAAAAACGGCUCCAAGGAUGACAUUAAAAGUACUCGCGACCGAAGCAUGGCGCAUACCAUCACACCUGAGUUCCGCAUGUCGGUGUUACUGGCGCGAGAAGAGGAGGCCAAGCGAGCCGAAGAGAAGACGGCUGCCAACAGUCCCCUGCUGUACAACCACAAGAACGUCAACGGCACAGAUAAAAUAUCUAAAUCUUCAUUGAGCUUGGACUACCCGACGGACGUGGGGUCCGCGCAGGACGGCUCGGGUUCCGAGGACGAGGUCUCGCUGCGGGCUGAGCGCGCGUCGUCCGUCGGACGCCCGGACGCCGGCCCGGAUGCUGAUCCGGACGCGGACCCGGACGUGGACCCGGACGCGGAUCCGGACGCCGAGCCGGACAGCGACGCCGAACGACUCUCGCCUUUACUGACACAGUUGCCGUCGAAUGGGAUUUUGAAAAGUAGCAGCCUCCGUACUUCGCCAUGUCCGCCGGGGGCAGGCGCGCGAAGUUGUGGCGAAUGUGGCGAGUGUGGCGAGUGUGACGGCUGUGACGAGUACGAGGGCUGCGGCGCGCUGCGGCUGUCGGCGCCGGCGCUGGCGCACAUCGACGACACCGACACCGACGAGCCGGACCACCCGCACAACUAUACCGAGGUGUACGAACACUCAGCGGGCGGCGGCGAGCCGCGACCGGGCGCGGAGUCUCCGGCCGUGGCCGAGGACUCGGACUAUUUCACGCCCGAGGACACCACCACCACCAUACUGACCGUACCUAAGCACAAGCUCGAGAAUGGGAACAAUGUAGCCGACUGUGCUCCACAACGCUGGGCCCUGCCGCAUCAUGUCACCUCACUUCCUGGAACUCCACUAAGCCAGUCGAGCGUGCGGUCUUCGGGCGACUCGUAUAGUUCGACGUCGUCCACGCGGCAGCUGCUAGCGCCGGCCGGGGCUCCGCUAGCGGCCGACUCGGCCUGCUAGCGCUCCGCCCCCGCGCUUGGCCGCCCGGGCCUCCGGUCAGCGCCGCUACCUCACCGAAACAGGUGUAAUAACAUCGCUUACCCCUUACCCCCAUAUUAAAUUUAUAUGAACUUACCGACAAUUGUUAAUUAUUUCUUAAUUUCUCAACUCUAGUAACUGUUCAUAUAAUAUAUCUUACAUUAUACGCCUUGUGUUAUAUUAUGGUGCAAAGGACAUAUAAAGGUUACACUAAAAUGUUGAUUAUUUAUAAUAUGACUAUGUAACGCGGCAAAUAUGAGUAAUUUUACAGUAAAAUCAGAACAGACAAUGUCAGCGUUACCCGCUGUGGCAUAGUAGUUAUAAAAUCCACUAUGUAGUUUUCAUACUACAUAUUUAAUGUACAUCCCCAUAGGUUUAAUUCUUUAGGUUACAGGUUAUUUAAGAGUCUCGUCCUUACUAUUUGAUAAGUGCGAGACACUGAUAUUUAUGGAAGAAUUUCUAAAUAAUAAAUCAAAUCAUUAUCUAGUAUAAAAUAAAGUCGCUGUCGCUGUCUGUCCCUAUGUAUGCUUAAAUCUUUAAAACUACGCAACGGAUUUUGAAGCAGUUUAUUUUAAUAGAUAGAGUUAUUUAAGAGGAAGUUUUAU